CGACGUACUCUUUCGCUGGUCGCGCAAGAAGUGGAGGAUCACGUGACCGCGAACCCGCUAGCGCUUUCUUCUUUCUUCACUCUAUCGCGAACGUUCACGCGCGGCUGGUACUGUUAGGACAUUCUCCAUUAACCGCGAGUUGCAGUGAAAACUAAUUUCUUGUUGUGUUCUAAAGACGUUCUUGUGACCUUUUUGUGUGGGGUUUCAGUGUAGUGGUGACAUUAUCUGGAUAUAUACUCUCUUGAAAAAAAGACUUUGAUGUUACCAGAAAAAGAGAAGCAGAACACAAGAAGUUAAUGUAUUCGAUGGUGAUUGGUUAGCAGUUUUUCGAAGAAUUGUUGCACAAGGGGAACGUCUUGUCGUGAACGUCACUAAAGCUGAUGUAGAGGCGACUGAAAACACAUGCACACAAAAGUGAUGCCGAAUUACAUGUACGUUCAUGGCUGCUGUGGUUAGCCAUGCAAUGCGACGAUUUCCAACUACACCACCGGAUACUUCGUAUUCGUCUUAUGCAUCAUUUAGGGGCGAGAGCAGUAGAGUAGAGGGCGAAAGUGCCCUUUCCCGUUCGAUGAGGUAUGCAGAUCCAUGGUUGUACGGUAGCGUCAGAGCACCGGGAGGCUUCCUUCUAACACCGGCCUUCGUGCUGUGCGCAUGUCCCGAUUACAUCAACGGUACCAAAAAAUCCAGCAAGAAGGCGCCAUCGACGUGUAAAAAAUGCAAGGGAGCUCGCAUUCCACUUUCAUCUGUGGAACAAACGAAAUAUGGAACCGUCCGGUACUAUCCUACAGAGGUACCAACAUCUUCGGCACCAAUAAGAAGUGGUACAGUUAGAGUGACUUCAUCGAAACGACCAUCGAUAUUACCAUUAUCCGGAGAUCCUUAUGAUAUUGUUAGAAAAUCUAGACUAUCUGUAACGGAUAGUCCUAAUCAGUUCAGAGCUAGAUCAGUGUCUCCUAAUAAAACACCGGAGGGGGAUCGCAAAAGUAAAAAUGGCGGAAAAUCGAAAGCUGAAAAACGAAUGGAGUCCUACAAUCUUACAAUAGGACGCCGCUCUAUCCUAGAAUGCGAUAUCAAUCCGUACGAAUUGGUGUCUACUGAACAACACUCGACAUCAAAAGAAGCAGGAAUAACCUUCGUCAAUGGCCAACGAAUACGCGUACGACCAUCGAUUACAGAAAAAGACUUUCAUCAAGACGUUCAACUGCGAUUAUCUACACCAACGAAAUCCAGUUCGAAACCGUCCAAAUUAGGGUUAAUCGGAACCAACGGGUUGAAAUCUUUGAAGUCUUUGUCUCCUGUUUUGAAGGAAAAGAAAAUAGUAAAUACGAAUGAACCGUCUAAAUUGCGAGCAAAUAGCGAUUCUAUCGUGAUUAGAAUCGGAGAUAACGAACUGCAUCAAAAAUUCAAAUCGAUCUUGAAGAAAACCUCAGAACGUACUCCAUCACCGUUAUUAGAAAAACCCGGAGGAGGUUCGCAAUUUUACAUACCACUGCCGAAUAUGAAGAAAAAAGUUCAGUUUCUCGUAUCGACCGAUAUGGAUUCAAGCACCGAAGAAAUUCCCGAAAAAGGAUUUGAAAGCGAUGAUAACGAUGUUGAUGAUAAUGAUGCUGAUGAUGACGUGUUUGAAGAAAGUUUUAAAGAUGUCAGGCCCGAAGCGGAACCUGUGAAAGUUAUAGAGGAACCUUUGGUUACAGAAAAAAGGCUGAUAUCCAAACCCGUCCUUUUAUAUAGAAGCUUAAGCGACAGAAUUAAAAAAGGAGAAUCGAAAAUAAACUUCUACGAUACCACAGCAUUGAGACAACUCAAACAACGAAAAAGCAUCAAAAUCGACUUUUCGGACCUAGAAAGAUUAGACGGGAUUAACAGAAAAAUGAAAAAAUUUAAUAUUAACCAAGAAGAAAAUAUCUACGAAAUCAUUAACACAGUAGAACCAAUCGAGAAGAGUGAAAAUGUAUCACUAACGAAUUUAAAUCAACUUAUAGAAAAUAAAAUUGACGCCGCCACUGAAAACGAUAUAAUUAUUAACGAAUUAAAUGCUCAUAGAAACGAAAUACUCAUAACUCUGCCUCAAAGUCAAAUAGAAGCAACAAUCGAACCGGAACCAAAUGAAGAAAUAGCUCUAGCCAAACUAGAUAAAUGCAUCAACGAUAUCACGUUCGAAAACAACAUUUUAGUAGAAGAUACACCACCAGCAGCUCCACCUAGAAAAAGAAGCGUUAACAAACAAAACGGUGUAAGGAUAGAAUCGUUCAACACUGAAAAUACUAAUAAAACAAUUGUUAAAAUCACAACACCACCAGCUGUUCACAAAAUCCAAAUCCGCAACGAAUUUUCCGAACCUUCGAAUUUACAUCCAUAUACAAUUGUAGAAAACGCACAAAGAAAGACGUCAAUAAUGAUAAACGGCGAUGAUUGUUACUCGACAGUGAACGUUAACGAUGACGUUCCUUUAUACCAAUCAUCGGUCGUAUUAAAAGAUUCCAUAGCGGGAAUACUAUCGAUAAACACCGAAAAACCAGACAAAUCCUGCAGUACUAUUUACAUCACCAGUCCUGUUAUCCCAAACAACGAAUCUAAAAUCGCUACAGAAGAAAUAGAUACCAAAGACAAAGACUCCGAUUUGCUGCGCGAAUUCCUUCGAGAUCCCGUAGAAGCCGUGCGGAGAAAUUUAGUUCCUCACGUCUGCGGGAAAUCAGACGUGCCGAGGAGACAACGCGAUAAAAAGUUCCUUACCGGUAAAGAAUUAUUCCCGGAUCCUACGUACGAAGAACUCCUAGUUAGAUCGAAGCACGAAUCGCUUUACGACGACAUAUCUUCGGAGCAUUCCUCGACUCAAUACGAGCUGAUCGAUCCCGGUUCCGAUUGCUAUACGGAUCACAGCAAUCGCAGUUCGGUGACCGAGGAGGAAUUGGCGAAUAGGACGAAAUUCUACGAACUGUUGGCCGAUUCUGGGGUGAUAGAAGUCGGCGAGCCCGAUGAACAUAUUUACGAAUGUAUCAAAGUUAAUGAUGAUCCGAUUUACGAGGCUAUCGAGGAACCGCCGCCUUUGCCUAGCAAUCCUCCGCCGUCUAGUAUCCUUGAUGAUAUUAAUUUGGAUAAAGAGUUCACCACUAGAUCCAUUUUCGAAGGAGCGUCCAAAUACGACAUCCUCAGUUACUUAGUGGACGCGAAAGAAAGAGGUGUCGUACAAGAAGACGGUUACAAUUACUUCCCAACUAACAAUGUCAAUGAAGAGGACAUUCAAGCGUCUCAAAUGAGCACUGUAAGCGACUCUAGCGAAGAUAACUCGUUGAUAAUGCAGGGAUCUUUAAUCGACGACAACUCUUUGAACCAAAAAGGAGCUGAAGUAGAAAGAAACGAUUCUGGCGUCGGUUCUGAAACCAGCAAGAGCUCGUUGAGUAAAUACAGAUCGAAACAAGAAAUAUUUGCAUUAUGUGAGGAUUGCGAAACAACAUUAGAAGCCACCACUGGAAAUAUAGCGCUAUUAUGUCGAAAAUGUUUGAAAAAGAGAUCAGAGCGAAAAGAAAUCAUCUCAGAAAUCGUUGAAACAGAGGAGAAAUACAGUAAAGACUUACAGAUUAUUUUAGAAGAGUUUUACCAACCGAUGCUAGUCGCUGGGUUACUAACACCAGACCAACUGUCAGCCAUCUUCUUGAACGUAGAAGAAUUGUUAGAAAACAGUCAAGCGUUAGCAGAAAGGUUGCGCGAUGCAGUAGAAAUAGCUUCAGAACAAGGUGAUGAAGACCUGCUAACCGUUAACAUAGGAAAAAUGUUCCUAGAAUCCAUGGCAAUGCUGCACGCUUUCGAAACAUACUGCGUCAGACAAGGAGCAGCUAGUCUACUCCUAGCAAGCUUGGAGAAAGAAAAAGAACUCCUCAGAAUAUUCCUAAGAGUAUCCCAAAUGGAAAACACCAUGCUAAGAAGAAUGAAUUUAAAUUCUUUCUUAAUGGUACCAGUCCAACGAGUCACCAAGUACCCUCUACUUCUAGCCAGACUCUACAAAGUAACCCCGUCGCAUUACGAUCAUAAAGACGAAUUGAAAGAAGCUCAGCAUAAAAUCGAGCUACACUUAAAUCAUAUGAACUCCCAGACGAAAGACGUUCCCAGCAAGCUAUGGAGGAGAAUCGGUAGCAGUUCCGGUAGAAGAUCGAGCACCGAAAUGGAUUUGGUCAAUAUCAAAUUGAGGAAAAUCGCCGUGGACGUUUUGGAGUGGAACCACGAAGAGGCGAAGUUCGCUUUGGAGGGCAAGCUGUUAUUCACUCAGCCAACUGACAAUAAUUGGAGGAAGGGUAGAACGAUCAAAUUGAAUGCUGUCAAUGCUAUGUUGGUUAUCAAUGGAAAGCCAUCUUCCAACAAGUCUUCGGAGCGUUCAGACGACAGCAGCCUCAUUUUUUCCAAACACGGUGUAAGAGAAGCAGCGUUAUUGUUAGUUCGCGAUAAGAACGGUCGAUAUUCACUUCUGAGAGAACCUCUUUAUCUGGACCGAUGCGUUAUAGCCGCAGAUCCGGCGUGGCAAAGUUAUUUCGAAGUACAGGAGUUGCUAGGAAAAGAUACGUUCAUUUUUAAGGCCGAAGAUGAAGAACAGACGGCCAUGUGGUACAAGCAACUGCAGUAUCAUGCUCAAGGGAUGGGAGCGUGGAGGAAGAGAAGGAAUGCUUUAGCUAAUAUCAUGAUCAACGGAAUGGGUCUGCGAUCGUAGAUGUAACCAAAUGUUUCUUAAAUAAGUGAUUGUUCAAACGCUGAUCUCAACAAGUCCUAAUUUAUUAAAUUCAGUUCUUUCUAUUUUUUUAUUUUUUAGGUGCGUGCAGGAUAUUUGAUUUAAAACAGCAGAUCUACUUUCUACAUAAAUAAAUAACAAUAUUGUUAAAUAUUAUAUUCAUAUAUACAAACUAAUCUAAAUAAGAAAAAAAAAACAAUGAUUCAAAACCUUUUGGUUGUGACUUGUUUAAAUAAAUUGAGGACCAAUUAAAAAAAAUUACUAACUAACUAAAAUAUGGUUGUUUGAACCCUUUAAAGUUGAUUGUAAAUUGUAAAUAUCUAUUAGUAAUUUAGCUGUGAUAUUGUGGAUUUUACGGUUGUGGGAUUU